CGAACGGCAUCUUCUCUUUUCUUUAUUUAGAAGCCAAAGCGGGGGAAGACGAAGAUCAAUAACGGCCCCUGUCGAAUCCUUUCCGAGGUAGGGUUCCGCUGCAAUGGAGCCCUUCCGAUCCCUUCCUUUCCUUCUCCUCUACGUCUCCGCCAUCGCCAUCGCCAUCGCCAUUGCCUCCGCCGACUCUUCGCACUCCCUCCUCCGCAUGCGCAUCGCUCCCGCCGGCGGCGGAGGAGCCGCCGACGGCCUCUUCUGCGACAGCUGGAGGCUCUCCGUGGAAACCAACAACGCCGGCUACUGGCGGACCAUCCCGCCCAAGUGCCUCGAGAUCGUAGCGACCUACGUGAACGGGGACCGCUACUUGUCCGACUCCGAUAUCAUCGCCGUUGACUGCUUGUCCUUCGCCGAGACUGUCCGGAUCGUGGGCGACAAGAAGGAUGCGUGGGUCUUCGACAUCGACGAGACGCUGCUUUCCAAUGUUCCCUACUAUGCCGUCCACGGAUUCGGGUAAU